CUUUCUCAUCUCCAGCAUCCCUCAUCCACCCCCACCUCCUCACCCCGAUUGCCCUCACCCUCACCCUCUAAAAAGCAGUUUCGUGUGUCCAUCUCCCCCUGACCAGCCGCCCUUCCGGUCACCAUCCAGAUUAUACCGCGUGAAAUCAAUUUCUCCUCCCGGUCCCUCUCCUGCCCUGGGCCGGUCUCUCCGAUCCUGCGUGGGCUUAGAAAAACAUAUUAAAGACUUCCGAGAAACCUCGCGCGCUCACAGAAACCCACAGAGUAGUCUCUGUGAGACCCACAGAAGAGUCCAGAGAACGCCGACUCCUAGCACCCCUGAUGUAGCCUCCCCGUUCCACUCUUCUGCUUCUCUCUCGGAAUAAUAUCUGCUGCUGCUGCUGGUUUUACCACCACCGCCACCCGCCACCACCACCAUCACCAUCACCACUGCCGCGUAGCCACUCGCACGCGCUUUUCUGCGAAGCGAGAAUUCUUGACCGGCGAAGAGGUUUUGGGUCGUUUUAGCGGUGGUAACGCAAUGCAACACAACGCGACGCAACUGGCUCUUUUUUUCUGUCUUUCUCUCUCUCUCUCUCCACCCCACGCUAAAAGAGAGUAGUUUGUUGUAGUAGUAGUUGUAGUAGAAGUUCCUGACCACUGAAUGUUCGUCGCUGGGUGUUGCAGAAACCGAAACAACGCGAGGAGAGUCUGUUAGAUUUUUUUUUUAACCACCGAGUGUUCCUCAAUUUAGCAGUGCUAUAGAUACCUCGACUUUUUUUUACGCGAGGAGAGAGGGAGAGGCAGAGAGAGAGAGAGAGUUCUUUUUGACCUGCGAAAAGACAAAAAAGACCCCAAAAAAAAAGAAAAGACAAAAAAAUGGGAUUGUCUCUCGCCGUUGGCUUUCAUUCGCGACUCCCGCUUUCGGUUCCUGGCCGUUGGAUGAGCUUUUGGUGUUCUAUACGUUGAGUGGCACAGUGUUCGAUUUGCCACUUUGGCCUUCUGAGGAUAUUAUAGACCGCUAGCAGGGUGGCCCACUGAGACUGCUGGACUAAAGGAUUUUGCCUGGGGUGUCCCUGUGUGUGUCAACCGAUGCGGACUGUGCUGUUUGGCCUCCCAAGCGUGACUGCCGAUGCCUGAGGCGGUCGUCUGUCAGGGAGUGUAAGGAGGGGGUUACCCUGUUUCACCUGUGCCUGGUUAUCAGCUGUGACGGGAGUUAACGGUUUUAAGAUUGCCGGAUUGUUGUAGAGAAAAGUGGCAGUUUUGUCGUAGCCAAUGAGACGAUGAGCGUCAUAUUAUAAUUUAAGGUAUACCUGUCCCGAGAUGUUGGGAACACAUGCUUUAGCUUUAGUUUCAUCGAGGUGACUGGAUAUUACACACGUCCGCACGACAGGAAAUCUCCACAUUUUAUUUUCAGAAUGGAUCGUUGCCACAGUUUCUCUGUUAUUUCCGUUGUGGCGCUUGCGCUUCUUUCGCUUGUCAUGUCGGUUCAGGGAAACGACGAAGUAAAUCUGGACUAUCAUCAUCGUGAGGAAAGUGGCAGUAACAUCUUAGUUGGAAAUACCGCAAAAGACAGUAAGCUUUUUGAAAAAUACAGAGACAAGUUCCAGCUUUUAGAAUUUACCCCGUACACAGAAGGCAACAGAAAUGCUCAGUAUUUUAACGUGGACACUGGGAGUGGCGUGAUAAGAACUGCUAAAAACGUAGACCGGGAAGAAAUCUGCCGCAAAGAGGCCACCUGCAUCGUCAAUUUGGCAAUCGGGGUCUACAUGAAGCAGCCAGGCUCCGUGUCCAAAGUGUUGGAUACCAUCAUCCAGGUUAAGAUCUACAUCGAUGAUAUCAACGAUAACAGUCCAACGUUUCCGCGGAAAGUGGUUAACCUUCCUGUUUCUGAGAAUCUCGAGGUGAACCACCCUCUGACGACCAGUGUGGCUACUGACAAUGACGCCGAGGGACGAAACUCGAAAAUCACGUACCUGCUCGAUUCCUACACAACUGACUUCGAGGUGAGUACCGUCAGAACCACGGAUGGCUUUGAAGACCUCGUGAUCACCAUCAAACGAGCUCUUGAUCGGGAGGAAAGGAAAUCGUAUCCCCUCACCGUCGUUGCGACGGAUUUAGGACAAAAUCCUCUCUCUGGUUCUGUCCUGAUAAAUAUCCAGGUUACAGAUAUCAACGAUAACGCGCCAAAAUUCGGGCAGCCUAACUACACGAAGAACGUACUCGAAAAUUCGGAUAUGUCGGAUCCUGUGAUAAUUGUUUCUGCUUCAGAUUUGGACGAGGGCGAAAACGCUCGUCUGACGUAUAGCCUGAGCUCACAGGUUUCACAAGAUAUUCGAAACACAUUUGUGGUCGAAUCCGAAUCGGGAAAAAUUUUCGCGAGAGUUCCUCUGGACUACGAGAAGAAGAAAAGUUACCAGUUCUACGUGUCCGUCUCGGAUAACGGCAGCCCCCCGGAGACGGCAUCCGCUUAUGUGGCCAUCAAUGUGAUCGACGUCAACGACAACGCCCCGGAGAUCCGCGUGAACCCCGCCCCCAACAGCAGCCCCGUCGUGGAGCACGGCUCGGAGGGUCGCUUCCUAGCACACAUCCGGGUCUCUGAUGACGACAGCGGGGUCAACGGAGAGGUCAGCUGCAGCAUCGACGACGACCACUUCGUGUUGGAGAGUUUCAACGAUCCUGCGAGAAAGAUUUUUGUUAUCAAACUGAGCCGGCCCGUAGAUAGAGAGGAGGCUGCAGUGAGAGAUAUCCUCAUCACAUGUAAGGACGGAGACAUCCGACCCAUGUCCGCCACUGCCACGUUCCGUGUGGAGAUAGAGGACAUCAAUGACAACGCUCCUCAGUUCGUCGACUCCACGCUGUACGGGACUGUCAUGGAGAACGGCGACAAGGUGACCUUUGUGAUGCAGGUCGUUGCUACGGACGCCGACGCCGGAGAGAACAGCGAGGUGACGUAUACUCUGGUUUCCGGAGAGUACCUCUCUCUCUUUUCCAUCAACCAGGUGGACGGUACCAUAUCCACGACCACCAUGCUUGAUCGUGAAGACAGGAGCGAAUACUAUCUCGUAGUCGUCGCCGCUGACAAUGGGAAUCCCCAGCUGUCCACAACGGCCACCGUCACAAUUAAAGUCUUAGACGAGAACGAUAACCCGCCCAAGUUCACUAAGCAAGCGUUCAGUAAUUCUAUAACGGAGAAUCUCCCCAACGGCUCCCCAGCGGGGGAUGUUUCAGCUUACGACGCCGAUGCCAAAGAGAACGGCCGCUUCGUCUUCUCCAUCAUGAAUGACGCCAAGUCGGUCAUCUCAGCUGAUGGAAUCUUCUUCACCAUUGACCCCGACACGGGGUUGCUAAAAUCCGAAACGACGUUUGAUCGCGAGCAGCGAAGCGUUUACAAAUUCCAGGUCAAGGUCGCCGAUCCGUUAGUGCCCAAUUAUUACGACAUAGCGAAUGUUACCGUUACCAUCAACGACGACAAUGACCACGCCCCCGUCGUGAUAGAGCCGCCAGAGAACGAGCGGACCUUCUCCUGCCCUUUCAACAUGACCAUCGGCAGCAUCAUCACCACUUUCAAAGCCACGGACGAAGACGACCCCGCCCUUGUCGAGCUCUCUUACGUCAUUCACGACCAGGGCAGCGGCGACUCAAACAAAGGAGAGCCCUCUCUUUUCUCCAUGGACGUGGCUACAGGCAAACUCCGUGUGGCGCGGCAGAUCCGGCCGCCUGACGUGGCGACCCACGCGUUGGACAUCGUUGUCUCGGACGGACCCGGCGCCACGUCGCAGUCCACCCAUGUGAUCAUCAACGUGGUGGUGGAGGAAGGCAGCGAGGAAGCGAUGAGAGCUUUCGGCGCUAACAGCGGCAUGAAGACCACCAACAUCAUCAUUGCUGUCGUCAUCAUCGUGGCUACUGGCAUCCUCGCUUUUAUCAUCAUCGUCGUCAUCUGUCUCAUCCGGCGCGCUGAUAAGAAACGGCAGGCGUCGCAAGCCUCGAACGCACAGCAAGCCGCUGUGGACAGUAAGCUGUACCAGGCGGCGCAGUGGGUGAGCACUGUGUCCGUGGCCAAUGACCAGCACGGCCCUGAGGAGAUUAGGGCUACUCUGGAGGUACCUGGCGCCGAGAAGAAGAAAAAGAAGGAGGUCAGUUUCUCCCUGGAUGAUGAGGUCGUGGAGUCGCCUGAUACUAGUGGGUCUCUCGGCUCCGUCUUCAACCCGUCGCCCAACGCAGCUCAGAAACAGCAGGCCCCGGGUUCGGUUGGUUUUAUUGUCAUGAAUGGCAUGACGAGUCCAGACUACAGUCAACACCUGUACGACCCGCGCUCUACCUCCACGGACACACAGGAUGAGCAUCAGUUCAUGGAGGUGACUCGACAGGCCGAGGACCGCUACAGUGACGCAUCUUCCGGCGAUACUGGAACUAGCGAUAGUGGGCGUGGUGGAAGUGAGGAUGAGAGUCAUGGGCAUACCAGCUCUUCCGGAGAUGGAGAUGUGCGCAGGUUCAAGACCGUCGGCGGCUCUCUCAGCAGCAGCGGCGUGAGCUCAUCAGGCAACAACGACGUCUCCGGGGGCCACUUCCACCCCCACCAGAGCAACCACUACCAGAUCCAGAACCAGCACCUGGAGGAAGAGCCCGAGGAGAUCCCCGGCUCGCCCACGCCCAUGCUGUCAGAGCAGGACCGAUCCCCUCAGACCACGCCUCAGCACUGCUACAUCCGCCGCUCCUUCGACCGUCUCCCCGCCGCCAGGGGUCUAGGCUAUCACCCCUCGGGCUCUGGCACCAUCGGGUCGUCCUCGUCCGCGCGUUCCUCCCCCGCCCCGCACUCCCCGUCCCCGUCGCCCCAGCACUACAACACUCAGCCCGUGCCCAUCAAGCACUCGAGCGCGCGACUCACCCUCUCCCACAACGACUGCGAGGGUCCGUACCGCGUGAAGAAGGCCGAGCAGCACCAACAGCUCCUGCAGACAUUUUCCUCGCCCUACUCCGCCACAUCCAGCGGCGGGCCCGCGUCGCCGCACGGCGGGAACUCGGCGCAUCACCCGGCGUGGCGGAGAGCCAAAGGGCUGGACACCAGCUGGCGGUCCUCGAGCAUGUCCAGGGAUGACGACGACAACACCACCACGUCUGGGAGCUACACCAUCAACCCGGACGACCUGAGGGAUGAGUCGUACAACCCUGACGUUAUGGUCUGACCUUUGACCUGUGAAGCGUCUCUUUGACUGAACAUUUUUUUAAAAAGAAGCAAAAUCCCGACAGCAAUAACAACAGCAACAAUGUUAUGGUUCACGGUCGUCGUCUAGACGCAUCUGUUGUCCGAAUGCUGCUAUCUUUGGUUCCGGGAGCACUGUUUGUUCUGUUGUAUCUCUUUGAGACAGGACUUACGCUCCACAGUGAACGACGUGAUUAUCAGUCUACUUCGAACCCUCCAAGGACUUUGCCGAUCUUUAUGAUUCCUCAGAACUGUCAAACAUAAAACCGCCGUUGUCUUCUAUUCCCGAUAUAAUUGCAACGUUCUUCUGUUGGAACGUGACUUUCAGAAAUAAACGUGGUGAUGUACGUGACUUUCCAUCCCGGGGGAAUCUAUUUUUUUAAAGAACAGCUUCAAACAGCAGUCCGUUAUGGUUCGCUCUCGUUCUUCCUCGUCGUUAAGUUGCAACCACAGACGUUGAUAAGGAAACAUAAUAUUAUGACGUAUACUUAUGACGUCAUGGUCUGGCCUUAACUGGCCGGGAAUCUGAUUAGUCGUAUCGAUACGCGCCGGAGAUGACAAACCUCGGACUCCAGCAGCCUUCUUCUCCCCUCUUCGUUCUUCCUCUGCACCACUGCUUGCCAACCUGGGCGAUGCCGCCGCCCGUUAGUGGACGAUUUGGUCAUUUUUGUGGGCGGUAGACACCGUCCCGGGUAUUGACAGAUAGUAAUUAUUAUUCAAUGCACCACUUGGAAAUUCAGCAAGUGGAUUGUCCCAGCGUAUAAUUUUGUAUAUGGGUUGGCGGUACGAACAUUUUAGCCUUUUCAAAGUUGCAAAUUGGGCACUGGUGACAAAAGGAUUGACAAUCAAGCUCUGACUGCUCUACAUCCUCAGUGACACGUGUUGGAAUAUGUAACCUGAACCAACAGGGUGGAACAAACUGAACAGUACUAUAGGUUGACGGUUUCUAACAUUGAGUAAGGCCUUGUUGUGUUAUAGCGAACUCUUCACAAUUGCAGAAAAUGUUCGUUGUAGUUACAUAAACCAGUGACUCGGUUCAUACACGGAGCCCUUGCUUGUCAUAAAGACUCAAAGCUGAGUCUACCGAGAGAUCCCAUGGUGCGUGCUGACUUCUGCAAGCUGCACUGUUUGAUCAAAUUAAUAAUAAUAAUAAUAAUAAUAAUAAUACGUCCAUUCACAGUUCAGACAAUGUCCCAGUCCUCUCACAGAGUGCACCAAGGUUUCCCAGCUUGUGCUUCCAACAAGAGAAUGUGAGAGCAGCGGAUACCUCAUACCCAGUUCACGUGGCACUCAUAGCACAUCCCACCUCCAUGCACCCUAUAACCCCCCUCCCCCUCCCAACACACAUACGCACACACGAAUACACACACACACACGAA